AGUCAUAAUUGCACAGUAUCUAGCAGCGGACAGAGCAAGUUCUUUGUUUAAUUACGAAUUAUUAUGAAAUAUAAAAUUAGUUAUUAUGUUUUUUUGGAAAAGUAAAGACAAGAAUUCUGACAAGAAUGAAAAAAAGAAAAGGACUGUCUCGGAGACAGUCGCAGUCUUACAAAAUAACAAUACAACCAGUUACAAUAUGAGGAGGACAGUUCAGGUUAUGGAAACAUCCCAUUCUAGUCAACAACGUACUAUUACGAGUACUAGUACCAGUAGUGGAACAAUCACUUCAAGACAAUGUCCUCCGCCUUCAAAUAUUACUGAAAAUACUAGACACAAUUCCUUAUCGGAACUCACACUCAGACCUAUACCGUUCCCUGGCCAGAGUUAUAAUUUGCCAAGAAUGCCAACAAAUUACAUAAGUCCAUUUACUAGACACAAUAGCGAAAGACUGCCCACAAGAACUACUAACAAUAACGUGGUAUCUGACGCCAGAGUUUUUCAAAAUAAUGUUAGUGCCAUUUCAAGUGUGCCACGAACACAGCCUUUUCAAAAUAAUGUUAGUGCCAUUUCAAGUGUGCCAAGAACACAGCCUUUUCAAAAUAGUGCCAUUUCAAGUGUGCCACGAACACAGCCAACCACAGUGCCAAAUAAUGAUAGGCGCAUCACCACGAGGGAAGUACCGAGGUAUGAUACUAAUGGGCGAAGAAGAGGAACUGUUGUAAUACUCAACAACAUUAAAUUUUUGGACAGUAAGGACGAAAGAAAGGGAGCAGAAUUAGAUGAGAAGAACCUGAAGAGACUGUUUCAGGAUUUGGGUUUCGAUGUCAACGUUCAUCGAAAUCUAAAAUUGACUGAAAUGAAAAGUAAAAUUAGCCGUUACAGACAAAGUAACGAUCUCGGCAGAGGUGCCAUGUUGAUUGUAAUAGUAAUGAGUCACGGGAACAAUAUGAGAGGCGGUCAAGAAAUACCUGGAGGUUUCACACAAAUUCUAACUGUCGAUGACAAAUAUCUGAACGUCGAUGAUGUUCUGUCGGAGUUUACCAACGAUAAGUGUGUGGCGAUGAAAGGAAAGCCGAAAAUUUUUAUCUUUCAGUGCUGCAGAGGACAUAGAAAAGAAUUGCAAGUCGAUGCAGUACCCUUUACCAACAUUGUAAAACAACACGCAGACAUGCUGAUUGCGUAUUCUACAAUACCGGGCUUUUUUUCCCUACGAGAACCAAAAAAUGGAUCGUGGUACAUCCAAAGUAUCUGUAAUGUAUUUAGACGACAUGCUGCAGAAUAUCACGUAGAAGAAUUGUUGAAGAUUGUAGAUGAUGAACUGUCUAGAAAGGAUCCAGAGUAUAAACAGACCUCCACUUUCGAAAAUAGAGGCUUCAAGGAAUGUUACCUGCUACCCCAGCCUUAGAUGAAUAUUCAGAGUUACCCUUAUAGUUAAUUUUAACGAUUGUUUCAAACAUGAUGAAUAUAAACUGAUUUGUGAUGGUUCGAAGCUACGAUUUGUGACGGUUCACAGUAUCUAAUACGGAAUUAGUGUUUACAAUUGUGAAUUUUUGUGAAGUUAUAACGAAUAAGGCAAAAUAGCAAUAGGAAAUAUACUAAAAAUAAAAAAAACUGAUAAAAAGUUUAUAGUAUAUAGUAUAGUAUUUAAAAGGAUAUAGUAAAUGAAAGAUUUAAUCAAUAUUUUGAUGAAAAUGUAUAUUUUUUAUUUUCAUAUAUGUAUGAAUUGAAUACAAAAAAAAAUUUUACACAUACUCUGCAGUAAAAUUCAUUGUUUAUUUUGUUAUUAAAAAUAAUAUGUUAAAAAUGUUAAUAAAAAUCUAUUUAACAACUUGUUAAGCCACAUUCUUUAAAAAAAAGGGCUUUCAUUUGACAGAUACUUAAGCAUUGGUUUGUCUAUUUUACUAUAAGUAUAAAAAGUAUAUAAGCAUUUUCCGAUAAGCCUUUAUACAUAUUUUUUAUUGCUAUUAACCUAUCCGUUAUAAUUUAUAUUGAUCUCUUAUAAUAGAUAAAACUGAAUACAAGAUGUGAUUGAUUUUUUACUGUGCCUCAAUUCUGUGUUGCUUGUUUUAUAAGGAGAGAAUU